UAUCGGGUGGUCUGGUGGUGCAAACGUUUUGCCAUCCUGCAGUUUUGUUUACCAAAGAAAAUUCUUAUUGGAGUAGUUUCGACCUGUAUCUGAGUUAUAAUGCAACAUAUAUUCUUUAUAUAUGGUCAUACGGUUAAACAGUCAUUUAUUUGUUAGGCUUGUGUGCUUCUGAAGCUAAGCCUGUUGGUGGUGAUAAUGUACCACCAAGUUGUCCACCACCAAAGAUAGAAGAAGAAAACACGGAAGUGUCAAACAGCAUCAUGGAGAUGCAUGAUUGUAGCUCAAAAACAAGUCUUUAGCUUUUGUUUUGAAAGUGUAUGUAACUAUUUUGUUAUGCACAAUGGCGACUGACAGACCACAAUGUUCGUGUUGCACUAAUCCAGUCUCCUCUCCCAGUGUUUACCAGACGCUGAGUGAAAUGGAUUUUGAACGAGGUAUCUGGUCUGCUGCGAUGGAUGGGGACUUGGAGAGGGUCAAGUCUUUGACCCAGAAGGGCACAGACUCUAACCUGAGAGACUCUACUGGUUACACAGCUCUGCACUAUGCAAGUCGCAGUGGUCAUCACGCGGUCUGCAAGUUUCUUCUUGAGAGUGGUGCUUGUGCAUCUCCCCAGACACCAGGCGGUGCCACGCCACUCCAUCGAUCAGCUUACUGCGGUCAUCUGGAUGUCGUCAGACUCCUGCUUCAGCACCGAGCAGACCCAAUGCUCUGCGAUGACGACGGUUCUUCUCCUCUACAUAAGGUACAGAAGUACCAGUAUAAAAUAAACUGCACCACCAAAUAA